UUAUUUUGAAAGCCGUACCCGGAAGCGAUGCGCGGUGCUUGCCGCUCUUGGUCACGUGGUGCUGCAAGGCUGAUGGAGGCUGAGCAGGGAGAAAGGAGGCGAGCCCCUUCAGCUUCCGCGUCAGCAUCCCUUCAAAUAGCCGCUGUCACUUCUUCGCUGCAAGCACAGAGACCGACAACUGCGGGGCACCAAAAAAGGGCUCCACAUCAGAUGUUUGUGUGUUAACAUAGCAGUUGUCAUCUUCCCUGGUGAACACAAUCACAAUGAGCGUUGAGAGUCGCUAAAGGAGGUUUGGAGCGCGGCCAGGAAGCAUAGCGAUGUUCAAGGCGCCUCGUCCCGGGAGAAGUCAUCCCAGAAGCUGGCUGCGAGAUAUGGAGAUGCUCCUCUGAAGCAACGGCAGGUCGAGUUUUCCUGAGCAGAACGUUUGUGUGGCGGAGUUGGAGCUCAGAGUGGAAGUGAGUGGGUGUAAGAGUGAUCGUGUGUCAUGGCUGACAGCGAAGGGACAAACCUCGAGGACCCUCCCUAUAAAAACCUGCUGCUCUUGGGGGCCAUUGCAGCAGCGUCGGCCUUUGUGGUCACCAUCCUCAUCGUCCUCGUCUGUGUGGGCUGCCAGAGAAAAAGCAAGAGCAAGCAUCCUACAGCUGGCGAGAAAGGCACAUCUGUAAAUAUGCAGGGUACCCUUCGACAUCCCAAACUGAAUUCCAUGAGCAAAUCAGACACCAGGCUGCAUGAGAUCAACCGCUUUCCCUGCAACGGAAGCUCAGUUAGUAAGAGCCGCCCUGCUAGCAUGGACCUCCUGCUCCUCCACAGUCAGCGCUCCCAGACAGACCUGAGGCCUUCCCAGGGGCGUCAGCUUCCGCAGAUCCCCACCAGCCCACUGGGACCCGGCCAAGGGGGAGAAGGAGACGUCAGAGGAGACAGGGGAGGAGGGGAGGCCAGAGACCACACUUACACUGAGGUGGCCCUGCGAAAUAAUCCGACGGCAACGCACGGCUUGGACGACGGCCUGUACGAAAGCGUCAGUGUCCGGGAAGGGGAUGCUGGCCCCAAAGCGCCUGUGGCGCCACCACCAACAUCAACGAACACUCCAACUUCAGUCAGGGUCGCACAAAGCCCACCUGCUCAGGCCAACGGAGCCCGCAAUGGCAAUGGAAAUGGUGGCAGAGGGAAUGGCACCAUUAACGAAACAAUGGAGGGGAAAAAUAAUGGGGUGUGCGGGGUCGACAGGUCCCCCCUGUCCUCAGUCAACUCUCUGGCAAGCCAAGAACCUACUGCAGCUGAGUAUGCUUCAAUUCGCAAGUUCAGAAAGGUUGACAAGACAAACAGGAAGGAAAAUAACGGCGCCGACAGCCAGUCAGACAAAUCGAGCGUGAGCGACUCGCCCUCGGCUGCUGCUCCGCAACUACAUCGCAGUCAGGAUUUUCCACGCAAACCCCUGGAGCCGUUUCACCUGCACUCUUUCCCAAAGGAACCGGUGUUCAUGGGCAACGGUGAGCAGUACAUCUGGAAGCCACCAGAAGAUGACGAUAUCAUCACAUUGCACCCGCCGCCCCACCGCAUCGAGAACGGACAGGGGCACCCGUCGCCCCCGACUGCCAAGGAGAUUGCCGACACCUACUCCAUUGUGUGCAAAACCCAGAAGAAAAAGUCUCCCUUGGAGAGCAAUGGCGCAAAGACCCUUCCGCGCUCCUUUGGUGGGGAAAGAGGAAAGGGCCGGGGCCGAGGGGUCCAGGCCCAGGCACGUUCCCAGGAGGAGCCGUGUUACGAGCCGACAGGUGACAGGGCCUGGCCCGCAUGCGUGGCAGCAGAGUCCGACACUGCGUACGCUACCAUUGACAGCCAUCGUAAGCGUGAGCAGGCCGGCGCCAGUAACAACACGGCCGGCGCUACCGCCACCCUCAAGCGGAAGAAGCAACAGGCGCCAUCAGCUGCACCUCAGGGCUCCGCAUCCAACCCCCUGCCUGUUCGAGGCCUUCCUGGUGGGGAUAACUUCUAUGAGACCAUCAGUGAUGUGAAAGGGGGCAACAGCUCCAGCACCACCACCAUCUUCACAUUUAAUGAUGGAAUGGAGAUGUAUGUCACCGGCCUGUAGCUGGCAGACAAGCAGAGCCGUCCCAAAAGAGAUCAUAACAGGGACAGUCCUGUUCACUUGCCAUAAGGCUGCUGUACAUACUUUGAUGACUUCUCUAGACAAACAAAGUGAUGAUGAAAUUUGUGUUGACAUCAGGUACAAACAGGGUUUUAAUCCAGGUUCAGACUUUUCCUACAUCAGUCUGUAGUUUUGAACCAGCCUCGACCCUAAAAGGACCAACAUGUUUUAUCAAAAAGAGAAAUGGAGAAGACAACUGGAAUAUUCGUUUUCAAAAUACUGUACAAUUGACUUUACUCAUCUUUAUGGGCAUCAUUUUCCAUAAUAUCUUUAUUUUUGUACAAACGGUCUUUAUUUGACACAAAAUUUGAGCACAUUUGAAAUGACUAUCAGUAAAGAAAAUGUAAAUGCAUGAUUUGUGCAAAGCACAGAGAGCAGUGGUAAUGAUGCUAUCUAUAUUAGGCAAAGGAGGCCACAGUGCAAGCCGUUACACACACACACACACACACACACACUUGGGAGCAUUUAUGUCAUCUAAGCAGAUGGAUGUCAGAUUUUUGGAGCUCAGCUCAACCUAAGCAAACAUCUGAAACAGGUUCUUUGUGCACACUGACCUGUUGCCUGGCAGGGAGAGUUGUGGUGUUUUGUACAAACAAAGGCCGGCAGAUCAUUUGUCGGUCUGCUCAACCUCAAAUGUGAGCCAAGACUAGUGAAGGCGUUUAUUUCACACACCACCAUCAAUGUGCCCUAAACUCACUGGCAGUGAUCAAAAGCUGCCCUCUUGGUUUGGUCCACAACGUAAUCCUCAAGGUAGUUAUGACGUCAGUUAGCAAUUCAUGCUCAGAUUUGACAAAUAUCUAUCUGUAGCCUGAGGCUUGAUGACACUCUCUCUCUCUCUCUCUCUCUCUCUCUCUCUCUCUCUCUCUCUCUCUCUCUCUCUCUCUCUCUCUCUCUCUCUCUCUCUCUCGUUCUCUCUCAAACACACACACACACACACACACACACACACAUUCAUUCAUGCAUGUUUGGCAGCAAUUUACAGGGUAAAGUGAUCAGGUCAGAGGUUGCCAGAGUAUUGAGCAAGAGUUACACGGGUGACAGAUUUCACAAUACAAAACCCUUUCCACUUCCUGCCGACACCCGGGCUCGUACUUAAAUUCACCAGGUGGGGCUUCCAGUCGUUUACCAUUCGGCUAUAGACGGCCCGGUAGUCCAUUGGUUAGCACGUCGGCUUCACAGUGCAGAGGUACCGGGUUCGAUUCCAGCUCCGGCCUCCCUGUGUGGAGUUUGCAUGUUCUCCCCGGGCCUGCGUGGGUUUUCUCCGGGUGCUCCGGUUUCCUCCCACAUUCCAAAAAACAUGCGUGGCAGGCUGAUUGAACACUCUAAAUUGUCCCUAGGUGUGAGUGUGAGCGUGGAUGGUUGUUCGUCUAUGUGUGCCCUGUGAUUGGCUGGCAACCGAUUCGGGGUGUCCCCCGCCUACUGCCCGGAGACGGUUGGGAUGGGCUCCAGCACCCCCCGCGACCCUAGUGAGGAUCAAGCGGUACGGAAGAUGAAUGAAUGAAUGAAAACCCUUUCCAUAUGAGUGUAAAAGAGUGAUCUCUUCCUAAAUACAUUAUCAAAUAAGUGACUUAUUUUUCCUUUUAAAUGUGAUUGUAUGGCCAUUGUACGAUUGCACGCAAUAUCCGCAGAAAAGCUGGUCCAUAUUUCUUACUGAAAGGCUGUCAAUGUUCUCGUUGCUCCCUGACUCCAAAUCAAAAGUUGCUCUUUCUGUGGUUUUUGACAUUUGGUGGUUGGAAUAGCAACAGAAAGCUUGCACUCCAAAGAAAACAGCCGUGGAGUGUCCGCUGGACGGCUGCCUCUCGCCCCCUCCUCAGCUUGCUCUCCGGCCUACGCAUCCUGCAUUUGUAAACAAUGUCUUUUCAUGUAGCUUUGGGGAAUGUUAACAAAAGAACGGAGGACAAAAUAAACCCUUAAUGAAUUGCCGCGAGGUUAUGAGGCAAGAGCGAUGAAGCAUAUAGUACAAUGAGCUCACUGUGAGAGAAUCAUGCAAAUGUUUAAAAGGUGAGUAGCAUAUGUUCGAAGUGUUAAUGUGUGAGAACGUGCGUAGAAACAAUGGCACAAAUGUAUUUUAUUGCACUGUUCUUUUUUUCCCCCCUUUUGGACUGUGAAUAGCUCACGCCACUGCCAUGAAUCGAGUCUGGUCUGUAUUGGUGCAAUUUAUCCUGCUUGAUCCAAAAAGUGCAUGCAUUAAUAUAUGGAGCUGAAACAAUUAUUGUGGUACUUUACUAAUCUCAUGUUUAUUAGUCUUCUUCUGUACUUUUUAUGCCAUGUAGUGCACAGCAGCAUUUUUUUUCCCCCUCCAAAGCAGCGACCAGGAGGGGAGGAACUCGAAAAGAUUGAUUGAAGCCACCAGGAUUUUCAGCCUCACUGUUUAUAUUCUGCAGUGGGGGAGGGAGAAGAAGCACAAGCAUGAGACUGGAUGUGGAUCACCGCGAAUGGACACAGAUCUGACAGACCCUCCUCCUCUUCACCCACACGCACACGUACACACACAUGGGUUGGUGCACACUGCAACACUAAGCCAUGUGCGUUUCCAGUUAAGGGGAGAAAGCACUUUUUGCCCCUGCCUAUAUUCCUUACCCCAGCUGUUUUCACUCCCCAAUAAUGGAGAAAGAGCCGGCUUUGCCUCCCUCGCUUCUUCAUGUCUCACCCUCGCUAUGCCGGAGAGGGGCUUUUAAAGUCUACUUCUGACAGUGUGGAUGUCAAGCUUGGUCCAUUCUGACAUCAAUGCAGCAGUGGCCCAGCAACUGCCCGAAAUGAAAAAUGGCAAACAGCUGAGAAGCCUCUCAGCACAAUGCUGGCUGGCCCGCACUUGUAAUCCUCCCCCUAGCUGUCAGUUUAGGCCCCGUUUUCUUUAUCUUGAUACAAAGCACUGAUAUGAUCUAUUCCGAUGGACAUUGUUGUACGCUGAUGGCGACAAAUGUUCGCUGCACAAAUACAGGAUAGAUAUGUACAUGUGUAAAAUACUCAAAUACUCUGCUGCUGUUCUUAUGUUGUCACAAUGUAGAGUUUGCAGUAUAUUUGUUGGGAAAUAUGUUGGGGGGGGUUCAACUGGUUAUCACAGCCAUGUCGUUUGUGAAUGCACAUUGUUUCCUGCUUUCCAUGCACAUACAGGUGAUGUUUUUAAUUGUCUCUGGAUAUAGUUAUGGGCCAAAACUGCAGUGACAACUGUAGCCGAUGUUGUAUCUUCUCAAAGCACAGGGUUUUAGUUGGAAAAGAAUAGACACAUAUGUAUUUUCAGUAUAUAUGUAAGUAUAUGUACGUGUGUGUGUGUAUAGACUGUAUAUAUAGAGUGGCUUGUGAAAGUCAAAAAGUCCACUUGAACUUUUUACUACAUUUCAGGCUUUAAACAUAAAGAUAGAAAAUUUGAUCUAAUUUUUAUUUUAUUUUAUUUUUUGCAAAGAAUCAACAUGAAGGCGAAUGAAAUUCAUACGAUACUUAAUUUUUUUUUUUUUUAGAAAUAAAAGAACUGAAAAGUGGAGUGUGCAAAAUUAUUCGGGCCCCCAUAUUUUAUAGAAGCAUCUCCUGCUGGGAUUACAGCUGCAAGUCUUUUGGCAUAUCAGUUUUGCACAUCAAGAGACUGAAAUUUUUGCUGAUUCUUCCUUGCAAAUCGGCUCUAGCUCGGGAAGGUUAGAAGGAGAGUGUAGGUGAACAGUAGUUUUCAGAUCUUUCCACAGAUUCUCAAUUGGAUACUGGUCUGGCCUUUGACUUGGCCAUUCUAAACCCAGAGUAUUUUUAGUUUUGAGCCAUUGCACUGUAGGUGUUGCUUCGCGGGUAGGAUCAUGAUCUUGUUGGAAGGUUAACCUCUGUCCCAGUAGGAGGUCUUUUGCAGACUCGAACGGGUUUUGUGUCUAUAAUGGCCCUGUAUUUGGCCAAAUCUCAACAAUUUUAACCAUCUUCCCUGUCCCUGCUGAAGAAAAGCAGCCCCAGAUCAUGAUGCUGCCACCACCAUGUUUGACAGCGGGGAUGGUGUCUGUGUUACUUUUAAGCCAGACAUAACAAUUUGAAUGUUGUCGAAAAACUUCAAUUUUGGCUUCAUCUAAUAGAGCUCCUUCUUCCACAUGUUUGUAGUGUCUCUCAGGUGGCUUGUCAAAUUUCAAAUUGGACUUUUUAUGGUUGUUGAGAAAUGGCUUUCUUUUUUCCAUUCUUUCAUAAAGACUAGAUUUGUGGAAUGUGUGACUGAUAGUUGUCCUAUUGACAAAUCCCCCCCACCUCAGCUGUCGAUCUCUGCAGCUCAUUCCGAGUGAACAUGGGCAUCGUGGCUGCAUCUCUGAUCAGUGCUCUCCUUGUUUGGGCUGAAAGUUGAGAUGGAUUGGCCGGGUCUUGGUAGCUUUGCAGUGGUCCAAUACUCUCUCCAUUUGAGAUGUUUAAAGUUUGUGAAAUAUUUGCAUCUCCUAAUCCUGCUUUAAACUUCCCCAUAACUUUAUUCCGGACCUAUGAAGUGUGUUCCUUGGUCUUCUUGAUGCUGUUUGCUACCCAAUAUUCUGUUGAUAGACCUCUGAGACCAUAAUAGGUGCACUUAUUCUAAGACUAGAUUACACACAAGUGGACUCUAUUUGUCUUCAUCAGUCAUUUAGGUCAAAGCUGGAUCAUUUCACAAAUUAUCAGGGAAUUUAUGAAGUAAGUUGACUACACUGAGAGUCAAGGGCAUUUUUCACGCCACACUUUUCAGUUCUCUAAAAAAGACAAGUUUAACAUAUCAUAGCAGUUUCGUUCCACUUUAUGACUAUGUCCCAUUUGGUGUUGAUUCUUCUCAAAAUAAAUAAUUGUUUUUUU